CACCCGGCUCGGGACUCGGCCAGGCGCGGGGCUUUCCCGGAACAACCUCAGCUCGGGUUGGGAAGGAAAUGAAAGGCGUCAGAGAUGGUGACAGUUACGCAGUCUUCAUAAAAUGAGAUUAUUUUGAAGUUAAACAACAAGAAGUUUACUGUUUCUGGCAAAAGAAGAAUAAAUCCAACUCAAGUGAAAAUGUUUUUCAGUUUAAAUUUGUGUCAUCUCUGCACAUUAAUAAUGCUGUGUGCUAUGAUACCUGAGCCAUCCCUGUGUCAAAAUUGCUCGUUGGAGAAGAUGGAAAAUGUCAUAGUUGAUGUGACGGCAUCUCUCAAAAAAGGCAUCAAGGGGAUAGAGCCAGUAUAUACUUUAACACCAGCAGCUUGUAUUAAUGCUUGCUGCAUAGGAAAAAACAUAUCAGGAGACAAGAAAUGUAACUUGAUGAUUUUUGAUGCUAGAAGAAUAGGCAGGUAUCCAAACUGCUACCUCUUCUACUGUCCUAGUAGGGAAGCUUGUCCAGUGAAACCAGCUGAAGGAUUUGUGAGCUACAGGAUAAUUAGAGAUUCACAGAUUCUGAAAAAAAAUCCUUUCACAAAUAAGAACUUGCACUUUGCACGUGAUGACCCAAAUGGAGAAAAGCUUAUGAAGACACAAAAUGCUCCUCAAAUUCAGGCAAUACUCCUGAAUUCAACUGUCUCUCUGCAGCAAUAUAUCACUUCCCGGAUGUCUGAAUCCAUGGACCAUGAAGUAGAACAUUUAGAUAAUACUGAAUUGCACUCACAGUUUCCUCAAGGCCAGGGGAAGAAAGUUCCUAAGAACUCAGAUUCUUUUCUAAGUGAAAAAAUGACUGACGUGUUGUCUUCUACCAAUGCUACUACUGCCCAUGCUGAACUUAGCAUGCCCAGUACCACUACCCAUGCUGCACCCAGCACUACCACCACUACCAGUACUACUGCCCCUACUGAACCUACCACCACUAGUACCACUGCCACUACCUGUUCCCAACCUAGUACCACCUUUACCAGUGCUACAGCUACUGCUUUUGGUAAAAUUGACCACAUGAUCAAAAAUCCUCAAACUACGAUAGUGUCUGCACAGCUAGGGACAUCUACUACCAAAAUGGAGCCAAAGACUGCCUCUGUUGCUGCCAUUAACGUCUUCAGUCUCUUUUCUUUUUCAGGUGUUACUUUACCCAGUAAGAAAUCCACAGAUUCUUUGCAAAACACACACCAAACUAAGGGGGAACUUGCUUUAGAAGGCUAUUUGUCAGAUGAUGUUUCUCAAAGCAGUGCUGUCUCUCAUUUUGGUGAAAAGAGUAGCCUCAUCACAGCUUUAUUUUUUGGGUUGAUGUUCUUGUUAUUAGCUGUUACACUAAUAGGCAGAAGAAUGUCUGAAUCUUUUUGGAGAAGGCACUAUACCAGGUUAGACUACUUGAUCAAUGGAAUGUAUGCUGAUGUGUGAUUGCUUAGAAGAGUGAAAUAAAUCAGUAGAAAGCGUAGCCUUCUGUAGCAGCUGAAGAUAAUGAGUUUUUGACACCUAGUGUUGUGGUUCUGGAGAAGAUGUUCUCUUUUUGCUGUAAGAGGGGCAUGGAAUUCCUGUUUUGAGGUUUUGCGGGGUUUUUUCGUCUCUCGGAAAAAAAACCUUUUAAUUGUACUAUAGUGAAAUGUUUAUUUUUGUUUUAUUUUAUUUUAUCAAUUAAUAAAAUCUAAGUUAGGCAGAGAAGACCUCGCAUUUCAGAGAGAGGACAUUUCAGGAGAUUAAUAUAAUGUUCCAUGCAACCAGGUUAGGUAGUAAACAAAAAAAGCUUAUUCUGACCACAGAGGCAGCACAGUGUAUUGAAUAUAGUUUGCUACAAAGCUAUCUGGGUGCAAAUACUACUGUAAUUGAAUACUGUUUACUAUGCUACCUCUUGCCUUAAAAAGGAUCUCUAAGUUCAAAUUAAUUCCUGUUCAAAACACCACAGUGAAAGAGUAAAGUUUACCAUAUAUAUAAUACCUGCCAUAAAGUCAAGGAAAAGAAAGUUAAACCAUGUAAUGAUACGUGUCUUCAAUUCCUCAACAUGCGUACAGCCGGCUAUUGCCACAAUUGUUGUAAGCCAUGUGCCAAGUUUGUAAGCUACAAUCUUGUUUCUGCCUUUCCUCUGGGGAUGUUAGUCUCUGCUCUCUAGUGACUUUUGUACGUGUCACAGAGACGGCCUUUGUCCUACUAAACCCGUAGCAAAGUGUCUUCCUAACAAAAGUGCUACCUAUUGACUUGGCAUAUUCAUGAAAAGGAAUUUUUUCCCCAAAUCCAUCUCAUUCCUAAAUUGCUAUGACUCAACACAGGAAAAGAGCAUGCACAGGGUUCUGAUUGCAAGACAAUGGGGUUGCCACCACCAGAGUAGAGAAUGGGAGGUUGCUUAAGACUUCCAGGUAAAUAAGAAAGUUUAAAGGAAAACUGUGACUACAUAACAUUCACUGAGCUCAGAGGUGCAUCCUGCAAUCAAUAGAUGAAUGAACAUGUGUCUUGAUUUUUGUUAUGGCCCAAGAGGAAGAUUGGAAAACAUUACAAUUCAUUAUGAACCACUGAACAAUCAUUAAGUCUAGAAACUCUGUUGCUGACUGAACACCCAGAUUCUUAAGUAGUGACUUGACAGACACAUAAUAACAAACAUCUCAGCAGAGAGACAAGCACUCAAGGAGAAAUAUUUUUUUUUCUUUUAAAUAGGAUGUGACUUAUCCACAAGAUGUUUUGUGGUUGGGUAUUUGUGUUGGUUAUUUUUUUUGGUGGGGGGAAGGAGGGAAUAUAGAUUAAGCCACAAGUAGAGAUGUGAAACAUUAAAUAAUUGAUCACUUAACUGAUAAGCCCAGUGGUAAGGAGUUAUUUUACAGGUUAUUGUUUUGCGUGGGCCUUGACACAGUCCUGCUGGGAAGGGGGGAAGGGAAGCCAUGUGAUGCCCUAGCAGGAACAAGAAGGUGGCAGGGCAGGGAGGGGGUAGGGUGUGAGGUUAUAGUACCCAUAGCCUAUGAGGUUAAAGGAGAAAACAGUAGGCAGCCUAAUGACAAAUAAGCAAUUGGGUGCUUGCAGGUGUUCCCUCCUUCCCAGCAAAGGGCUUCACCUGAGCUGUGCACCUCCUCCUCCUCCUCAGGGGCUCUGGGAGUGGCUCCCAGCAGCAGCUGUUAUCAGUUAACAGUUUAACUGAUACAAUCAGAAGAGGUUAAAUGGAUAAUUUGUUUAAAUGUUAUUUAUGUUCCUAGCCAGAAGGGUACAAAAAUAGUCUCAGGAUAAAUAUCUUAAAGGCCCCAUUCUUAAUUCUAAUAACAGCUGUAUGCAAGAAAUUUUAUUGUUCAAAGGUAAAGGCAAUUCCAUUGUGUACCGUAGGCAAAACAAAGUUGUUGAAAUGCUUCUCAAAGUGAACUUUAUUGCAUUAAUGACCAACUCCUCCCCAGUUUUAUGCCUUAAAGUGUUUUGAUUAUAAUAAUAUUACUUAAGACCUUGAAUUGCUAGAAAUGAAAGAGAAUGGCAGGAAAUAACUAAUAAAUUGGGAAUAGACUGUGCAUUUGGCUGUUCCUUUCUCUACAGUCAAUUUAUUUGUUUCCUCUGUUUAUAUGGGUUUUAGCAAGGAACAUGGGAAUAACUUUUUCAGGUAAUGGGUUUGUAGAAUUACAAAUAAACAGGAAUAUAUUGGAAACUAAAUGACUUCUUGUUUCUUAACUGACUGAACUUGAAGUUGAUUGUGUCUGUUGCAAAAGUUCACAUUUGUGCAAAGUCUUCAGUAUAAUCUGUGCCAGUUGAGCUGCUUAAUAUAUAUUUAAAUUAAUAAUAGUCCUAAAAACUUCAUGUGAGUUACUGUAGUAAUGAGACUCUUGGGGGAAGGAUUGUGUUAAUUGCUUUAGUAUCCUGCAUCCUCCAGGGCAGUGUUUAGUUAAUUUAGGUAAGUAUGAAGUCAGAACACUAAAACCUAAGCCAGACAGCAAACAGACUGCUGGCAUGCUAACAAUAGAAGUAUGGCAGUAAGUUGUACACAUCCAGUGACCAGAUCAGCUAUGUGUAAAGGGGUUGAAAUUUAACUUCUGCUCUGAGAGGAACAAAUUAUUUUAAAAACUCUUAGUUGCUGGACUGAAGAUAUUUUAUAUGCACCUACUGCAGAAAGUAUCUCCUCUUUCAUUCUCUUUAUCAUGUUCUAAAUAGAAAAUUGCUAUUAGGAAACUUGAUGGAUUAUUCUACUUCUAUUGGUGAAUUUUGAAGCUACACUUGAACACUAGAGGGCAACAGCAGCUUAUGAAACACAAUCAAUGAGCUAAAGACACCCAUUUAUAAGUGCUUCAAAUGGUUGGAUUUUUUUUUUUACUUUCCAGUCUCUGUCUAACCUUACUGAGAUGAAUCUUGGCAAAAAAGCUUUUCACCAAAGGAAGUUUCCUGGUGUGUAAAUGUAUGCACACACAUUCAAAUAUUGAAUAUACAAAGCAAUUGCUAAUCAGUUUAAGAUUGGAGCUAUUUGGCAGCAGACUAGCCAGUAAACAAAUCCUUUGCUAAAUAUUACCUUGUCAAAUACAAACUUAAGUAUUGUGCUAGCAUUUUCAGUUAGUGCCUAGAGGAUGAACGAGAAUUGGUUUAAACAGUUUUUAGGUUCCUAUUGCUUAUAAUAUUAAUUUUAUGGGCUUAAACCUCAUUUGUGUGCUUGUGUGUAAUUUGUAAUAAGAGAGUAAAUAGGCAAGACAGCAGCCAUAAAAUUCCAUUAUGUUUUAUGUUGUGCCUUUCAGCAUUAUUUAUCUAAUAUUUUGGGGCCCACUUUUCUUUUUAUGCUGCAUGCUC